AUGCAAUGGAGGAGGGAUUCAGCUGUGUGACCCUGAACUAGGAAACACUAUCUGACCAGACAAGCUGGGAGAGGGGGACUGUAUCAUAUCACCAUGAGAGUAACCACCAGUCUAAUGAAGCUUGGCAGACUCAGCCUCUCUGCUAAAUUUCUAGUAAAUAUUUCUUAUGGGAACUGGAGAUUGCCCAGAGCAGUCUUGGGAAGAAAAGAAUAUGGAACUGACUCAGACUCACCCAGGCCAAUCAGCCGCUACCCUGUGCCUUACAAAAAAGACUUGCCAUAUGAUCUAGUAGAACUAAUGGAAGAAGUUGAGAAAAAGGGUGGAUUUGUACCGAAUGUUUUCAAAGCACUGGCUCACCGCCCAAGUGAAUUCAGAGCGUUUUUUGCCUACUAUGAUGUCCUUAUGAACAAGGAAACUGGAAACUUAACCAAAGCUGACAGAGAACUUAUAGUUGUGGCUACAAGUGCAAGUAAUAAGUGUCCUUAUUGUGUAACUGCUCACAGCGCAUUACACAGAAUAUAUUCAAAGAAUAGAAUGCUGGCUGACCAGGUGGUUGUUAAUCCAGAGCUAGCAGAUUUAAGUAACAGAGAGCGUGCCAUGAUAGAAUUUGCUUUGGCAAUUGCAAAACCAGAAAACAUAACUGAAACACACUUCCAGAAGCUAGAGGAACAUGGAUUUGACCGUGAAGAUGCCUGGGAUAUUGCAAUGGUUACAGCCUUUUUUGCUAUGGCGAAUCGCAUUGCUCACUUAACUGACUUACGACCCAAUGAGGAGUUUUAUGCCUUGGGCAGAGUUCCAAAAGUCAAGAAUGAAGAAAAAUAGUUUGUUACAGAUUUGUUUCAGAUCAUGCACACAGAUAACAACAUCUAAGCUGUCAGAAAAAUAAAAUCACACAUAUACUUUUGUAUUACGGUGCUAAACACUAAUUUUGCAUUGAUUAUCUAAUGUAUGCAACUAUGCUUUUACUACACUUCCCGUGUCAAGAUUAUUGGUAUGGGAUUAUGUCAUCAGCCAAACUAACGUAGAACUACUCUUUAUAAUAUAAUCUUGGAUACAGGUGAAAUUUUACAGAUCGUUGUACGUGUAUACAUUAGUAACUCUGGAAACUAGGGAGCUGAUUGUCAUUUAUACGUCACAGCAUGUUAUCAGAUGUGCAGUAUGUGAAACCUGUUUUAAGUAAUAAAAAAAAAGAAGCUGUCACUUUC